CCUCCCUCGUUCGCCCCAAGUACCAUUCUUAUUCUUUCUUUGGUUUUCUCUUUUUUCCUCUUUGGUCAUUCUCUUCUACAAGGAAAAAUGAAUCACGCUCUUAUAUUUGUUUUCCUCCUUUUGGCCUCAGCCACCCUUUGUACUAUGGCUGAUUCUAAGGCCCCGACCUCUUCACCAAUUGAGUCCUUCAAGGAUUCCUCCUUGGCACCAGCUACCAGCCCAUCUAAGGCCCCAACCUCCUCCCCCAAGGAGGCCUCCGCACCCUCUCCUACCGAGGAUGAUGAAAAUGACACCCCUAAUGAGGAUGUUCCGAAUGAAUCUCCAGCCUCUUCUCCCUCAAAAUCUCCAGCCUCCUCUCCUUCCAAGUCCCCCAUCUCAUCUCCUUCCAAGUCCCCAACCUCCUCUCCUUCCAAGUCCCCUACCUCCUCCCCCUCCAAGGAUGCAUCCCCAGCUCCCUCUUCCAAGACUCCAGCUGCCUCCCCAAAGAAUGCACCCUCUCCUGUCUCCACCGACUUAGCCCCAUCACCAUCCGAGGAUGAUGAUGUUCCCGAUGAUAGUGAUGCGAGCCCCGCACCAUCAACUACUGCUGAUGUUUCAAGCAUCCCUACUACACCAGAAGCUUCUCCGGCUGCAUCUCCUGAUGUUUCAAAUGAUCUUAGUGAUUCUAGUGCUAUAAGCCUCACCAGCAAGGCUGCUAUUGGUGGGAUUGUCACUACUUUGAUGGCCAUUGCCGCUUUCUAAAUUAACUGGGGUAAAAUGAGAUUUUAUUGUUAAAUUCUCUCGAAAUAAAUUGGUGGGUUGCUGAGUGUAUUCUUUUUUCUUGAUGUAUUAGCUCUCAUCUGUAAUCUUUGGGGCCAUAGUAAUAUGAUUGAACUUUUGUCAACAGAGGAAAGCUUUAUGUUUUCACUU